UGAAAAGCCCGCGAAGCAAAGAGAAUUUUCCUUGCGGUCUUGGAUGUGUCAAGUGAUCUUCUUGAUCAGAAAUUCAAUUACGUCGUCGGUUGACAUCUACCUAUACCCAUGGAUUAUCUCCAUCACCUUCACAACCUUGAAUUGCUAAGAGAGCUACCUUUGCCAAGACCACGUCGUGGGCUACGGGAUGCUAGAAAUCCAUCGGAAUCGUAUGAGGAUGGGCCAUUUCGAGAUCGGUAUCGACUGUCAAAAGAAACCGUCAUCAUCAACAUGCUGGAAGCCGAAUUGAAGAGGGACACACAGAGGAAUGAUCCACUUCCCGUUUAUUUGCAGGUGUUGACGGCUCUCCGUUUUCAUGCAGUGGGAUCAUUUCAAAAGAUGCAUGGUGAUGAGGCAGCAAUAUCACAGUCAUCAAUGUGUCGAAUCAUCAAAGAUGUGUCAGAAGCUAUAGCAAGAAGGAAAAGGCAAUACAUGAAGUUUCCUUCGACAAGAGAAGAAGUUGAAGCAACUCAGCGACAGUUCUUCCAGUACUGCAGAUUUCCAGGAGUGAUAGGUGCAAUUGAUGGGACACAUGUCUACAUCAGGAGCCCUGGUGGGGAUCAGGCAAUAUACUUCCUCAACAGGAAGAAUAGAUACUCGAUCAAUGUUCAGGUUGUUUGUGAUCAGGCUGGGAAAAUAACAAGCAUCGUUGCCAGAUGGCCUGGCAGCACACCUAACUCCGCAACCGUAAGUCACUUUUCAACCAAACUUGGAUGGUAGAUGUACUUAGGCGACCUGCAUAUUAUGCUGCAGUCGGAGGUCACAUGGACUUGUCAAUAUCAGACUAGAAGCUUGGCCGGAACAGUAGAGAUGCGAUGUCGAACUUCACGAUAUAGAAAUAGCCCCUUGCCCUCGUU